AUGCCGCGAAAACUCCCACUUCGCAGGCAAAAAGCAUCACAUGCCGAAGCUCAAGACGCUUAUCCGGGCCAAGAACUCCUGGAUGCUUUGGCAAGGUUGCAGACCAACUCAAAAUACAGCGAUCUGACUAUAUUGUGUGGUCAGGAGUCUUACGCGGUUCAUCGAUCUAUUGUCUGUACACGGUCUGACUUUUUUGCAAAAGCUUGCGAUGGAAAAUUCCAAGAAGCGUUGAGCGGGGAGGUGAGGCUGGAUGAAGAGCCUGCCUUAGUGAAGCAGGUGAUCGAAUAUCUCUACACCUUGGACUACCAGGUCGAAACCCAUGUCGUCACAUCUAAUCGCGGGAAAACUGAGAAAAACGCACCGAAUCCAGUUGAAGAAGGCGCGAACUCGUUUAAUGUACCGAACAGCCACAGCAUAGCCCAAAAUGAACACGAUGUUGAUGCGGCUGAGGGAACAGCGCCGCUUUUGGAUCCUCUCUCGUUCCAUAUCUUGAUAUACUCCCUUGCUGAUCGCCUUUUGAUUCAGGGCCUGAAAAUCCUUUCUGGCCAAAAACUUAAAAGCGCGCUAAUUCAACGUUUGGACGCAGGAUCAUUCCCAUCGGUGAUUGUUGAAAUAUACAAUACCACUCCUGAACAGGACCGAGGACUACGUGACAUAGCUGUACAAAUCACAAUGGAGUAUUUUUCCACACUGCGGAGUGCCAGUAAAACCGGGGUUGCCGCCUUCCAAGACGCACUUUUACAGUCUGUCCCGCAGUUCUCAUACGACUUACUUAUUGCAAUGAUGAAGAAAUACGUACCCGUUUUGGAGGGUGGUUCGGUCUGA